CGUGAGAGAAUGGUUUUAUCAUCUUGCAGUGACAAGCGGUCUGGCGUUUCGUUUGCGUUCCUCAGAAUAUCAAGGUCGACGACAGACUGACAUAGCUUCGAAAGCCGAGGAUCACGCCAUCGAGUCCCUGUCGGUUGAAAAUUCUCCUAGUAAAAUCGGCUUAAAGAUGGGCCGAGCAAUGGACAGUAGCAAUAUUACCCUUCCCCAAGCAGAAGACCUUGUAUCUUUAUCAACAACAGACACAGCUACCAAAGCGACCAUGACUGUCGCCUACAGUAUAAUAUUUCCAGCGGCGUUGCUAGGCAACAUCAUCGUCAUCUAUCUCGUGUAUAAGUUACCCUCCAUGCGACAUCUCACAAACAUGCUCCUCGUGAACAUGUGUGUAGCAAACUUAUUGGUCACAUUGUUCGCCAUGCCUUAUUCUGUUCUGUACGUUUUCCUUCAAUAUCAUUGGCUGUCUGGUAGCCUUGGUAACGUAACAUGCAAGCUGACGCACUUUUCGUAUGCACUGUCGAUAGCCGCUUCCAUCUUUGCUUUACUGUUGAUUUCAUUGGAUCGUUUUUACGCCGUUCUGUACGCGCUCAGACGCCGUCCGCUUUUAUUGCGAAGUACCAAAUGGGCGUCUCUUGGAAUUUGGAUUUCCUCCUGUGUCUUUAUGUCACCGUACUUGUUUCAAUUCAGGGUUGUUUCGCUAAAAACUGUGUCUUUGUGCAUUAUCAGUUGGGAACCAUUGGACAACGAGAUCGCCUCUCAAGCCUACUUCUUCAUAGUUUUCAUUUUACUCUAUUCUCUACCUCUCUUUGGAAUUGGUUUGGCUUACAGUUUGAUCGGAAAGAAGCUCUGGCACAGGAAAAUCCCGGGACAGCAUACUCUGUCAAACGCGCGCGUUUUGGAGCGAUCGAAGAGAAAAGUGGUCCGAAUGUUGAUUAUUGUCGUUGUUGUAUUUGCCAUCUGCUGGAUUCCUGCGCAUCUAAUGCACUUCUUGUCGUAUUUUCAAAGAGAAAUAUAUUUCUCCCUCCAUCCCCUGGUGCUGUUAAUGUCCUUUUGGUCUUGCCAUGCGAACAGCGCCAUCUCGCCUUGGCUAUUCUUGAUAAUGCACCAUAACUUUAGACAAGGCGCUCGCCGGCUUUUCAAGGCCUCUUCUCUGCGCUCCAAUCCCCAACAGUCAUUUACAACCCACUGUUCAAUUGGGAAUCGGAACUUUCCUGAUAACGCCACUGGAAUUCGGCUUAAUUCUCUGUGAUAAAGAAGCAGCGAUUUCUUGACCAGGCUAUGUAAGGCGCUAUAAAAUACUGUGAUUAACUGUUACUUAAAAAAAAGGCACCAAGUAAGUUUGAGCGAUAAAAAAAAAGUUGACUAAGUUAACCUUAAUUUUUACUCCGAAGAUCUCAUUAGAAAUUCUCCUCUCUGUCUGCUAUACAAUUCUCGUGAAGUGAGUUUGGAGAAUUUGGUA